AGGACAAUGAGAACUCAAAGUCAGAUGAGAAAGGAAACCAGUCAGAAAACAGUGAAGACCCUGAAUCCGACAGGAAAAAGUCAGGAAAUCAGUCAGAUAAUGAAAUGAACUGUAAUGAUGAUGGGAACAGCUCCAGCAACCAGGACAGCAGGGACAGUGAUGACAGCUUUGAAAACUCUGAUUUCGAGAAUCAAAAGGCUCCUGAGGACAGUUUUGGCACUCUUGGCUCUAUGCAGAUCAAGGUGGAGCGCUAUGUUGAGAGUGAAUCAGACUUGCGGUUGCAGAACUGUGAAUCACUGUCCUCAGACAGUGCCAAGGACUCAGACAGUGCAGGCGAAGUAAAUGCUCAGUCUUCCAGCAAACAUCAAAAGAGGAAGAAGAGGAGAAAAAAGCAAAAAGGAGGCAGCAUGACCCGGAGAAGGCUGUCAAGCACCUCAAGUCCAAAUGGACUUGACCCAGCUUUGGUGGACCAGCCUCAGCUGCUCUCGUCACCCAACAGUGCCUCAGUGCUCAAAAUUAAAACAGAAAUCUCAGAACCUAUAAAUUUUGAUAAUGAUAGCAGUAUCUGGAAUUACCCACCCAACAGGGAAAUCUCAAGGAAUGAAUCACCCUACAGUAUGACCAAGCCUCCCAGCUCUGAGCACUUCCCUUCCCCACAAGCCAGCAGUAGUUUACAUGUCUCCAUUCCAGACUCUGUUCUCACCCCACCAGGGACUGAAAAUACUGCCAGCCGUAAAACUCAGUUCAGCACCUCAUCCAACUCGACCUUGGCUCCUGUGUCCUCUGACCCUUUGUCACCCCCACUUUCAGCAUCUCCACGGGACAAACAUCCAGGAGGUCCCACAGCUUCCAACUCUUUGUUGUACACUGGGGAUCUGGAAGCCCUUCAGAGGUUACAAGCAGGCAAUGUGGUACUUCCUUUGGUUCACAGGGUAACAGGAACCCUUGCUGCGACCAGCACUGCUGCUCAGAGGGUCUACACCACUGGUACUAUUCGGUAUGCUCCAGCUGAAGUUACUUUAGCCAUGCAGGGCAACCUCCUCCCCAAUACCCACGCUGUUAACUUUGUUGAUGUUAACAGCCCCAGCUUUGGGCUGGAUCCUAAAACACCGAUGGAAAUGCUCUACCACCAUGUUCACCGACUCAAUAUGUCAGGACCAUUUGGAAGUGCUGUGAGUGGGGCCAGUCUGACCCAAAUGCCUGCAGGGAAUGUGUUCACAACUGCUGAAGGACUUUUUUCAACUCUUCCAUUUCCUGUGUACAGCAAUGGCAUUCACACUACACAGACUCUGGAACGGAAAGAGGAUUGAAAUAUGACCACAUACUGUGUUUAGUGUUAUACUCUGAGGCAUAGACUAUGUUUUAAUUUACACCUUUAAUUCUAGCACUUUGAAUUUGAGCAGGUCAGCUUAUUCUCUCAAUAUGAUGGUCUCCAUUUCAUUCCCUUUCUCUUUAACUUGACUUAUUCCUUAAUGUAAAGGUUUGGGUUUUUUUUGCCUUCAGAGAGUCGAAGUACCGGUUGCCUGCCAUUUUGUCUUCUUCUAAGAUGUGUGGUUUUUCCUUUGCAUCUUUAUUAAGAUGCCUUUAAUAUAUGUAUGCCUCUGCCAUAGAAUACUCAGUGUUGUGGUAAAGAGAUUUUAAAGUGACAACCAUUGGUUUUACUUCAAAAUUAUCUUGAUAUGAUCAAGAUUAAAAGAGACAAGCAUAAACAAUGUGCCCUGUUUGACUAAGUCAAAUGAAAAGGGGGUUUUGUUCCUAAUUCCUUUAAAAAUAGGGGAUAGUAUUUUAGAAUUUUAUGCAGAGUUUCAUUCUCUUUUUAUGGUUAAGAUUUUCUUACUUGCACAUAAAAUAAUUUGGGUUCUUAAAAAGUUAAUUUCUGGCCUGUGACUAGAAUGUUAUAAAGUUGGACUAAAUGUUAAUUACUGAAACUUUAACUUAAUUUCUAAAACCAUGGUGCUAUCAUUUAUUAAUCUGUAAUGUCUUCAUACAAUAUGCAGCUUGUGGGCUGGAUUUUUUGGAAAGAAUGUGUUUCGUACCGGUUUAUAGUCAGGUGCUGCAGUCUCCUUGGUUAGUUAAGACAAAAGCCCUCAUUAACUUUUGCUGCAGGACUUAAAAUUUUUUACCUCCAAACUAACAAGCAUAGCCUCACAUCAAAUUUAAAUGGUCAGGAAGCGUUUCUGAAAAAGUGCUUAAAAACAAAAAACUCAAUUUAAUUGACGCAAGGAGUAGUUUCUUAGGAACAUAUUGUUUUGCUUUAGUUUUUUUCUCAGUGUAACUGAGGCUAAUUUUACAAUGUCAAAUAAUGCUUCAGAGU